GCAUAGCCCCUAUCUCCCAAUAGUGUACAGGUCAAUGAGGAACUCUUUCAUGCAAGGACACUUGGUACUCCACAACUGUAGGGGGUGGUAAAUUCAACAUUUUAUGUUUUCAACAAAGCGGUAGUCCAAAAGUAAGAAUUGUCCACAAUGCUUUAGAUAGACCUCAUUUGUCUACAUUAUAAUCGAUAAAGAUGAAGUUGUACUGUCUGUCAGGUCACCCCACCCUGCCUUGCAAUGUCCUCAAAUUCAAAUCCACCACCAUCAUGUUGGACUGUGGGCUGGACACUACCUCUGUCCUGCAGUUUCUACCACUGCCUCUGGUGCACAGCCCAAGGCUUUCCAAGCUCCCUGGAUGGGUGUCUAAAGAUGGCACAAUAAACCUUGAGAAGGAGCUGAAAGAGUGUGCAGGUCGUGUCUUUGUAGACUCACAGCCAGAGUUCUGUCUCCCUGAGAAAGAGCUGUUGGACCUGUCCACCAUAGAUGUCAUCCUGAUCUCCAACUACCACUGUAUGAUGGCCCUGCCUUACAUCACCGAGCACACAGGCUUCACUGGGACUGUGUACGCCACAGAACCAACGCUGCAGAUCGGCAGACUUCUGAUGGAGGAGCUGGUAAACUUCAUGGAGAGAGUUCCCAAGGCCCAGUCUGCUACCUGCUGGAAGUAUAAGGAAAUUCAAAGGCUGCUCCCUGGCCCGCUGAAGGAUGCUGUUGAAGUGUCGACUUGGAAGAGAUGCUACAGUAUGCAGGAUGUCAACUCUGCUCUCAGCAAGGUGCAGCUCGUGGGCUACUCGCAGAAAGUGGAGCUGUUUGGCGCCGUGCAGGUCACUCCCCUGAGCUCUGGUUACUCAUUGGGUAGCUCUAACUGGAUCAUCCAAUCACAUUAUGAGAAGGUUUCAUACGUCUCUGGCUCCUCCCUCCUCACCACACAUCCACAGCCCAUGGAUCAGAGCUCCCUAAAGAACAGUGACGUUCUGAUUCUGACGGGCCUCACACAGAUGCCAACCGCCAACCCAGAUGGCAUGCUAGGGGACUUCUGCAGUAACCUAGCCAUGACGAUCCGUGCGGGUGGCAACGUGCUGGUGCCAUGCUAUUCCUCGGGGGUGAUCUAUGAUCUCCUGGAGUGUCUUUACCAGUUCAUAGAGAACGCCAAUCUAGGCUCCACCCCCUUCUACUUUAUCUCUCCCGUUGCCAACAGCUCUCUGGAGUUCUCACAGAUCUUCGCAGAGUGGCUUUGUCACAAUAAGCAGUCCAAGGUCUACCUUCCAGAACCUCCUUUCCCUCACGCAGAGCUGAUUCAGACGAACAAGUUGAAGCACUACCCCAGUAUCCAUGGCGACUUCAGCAGUGAGUUCCGGCAACCGUGUGUGGUGUUCACCGGACACCCGUCUCUUCGCUUCGGGGACGUGGUACACUUCAUGGAACUGUGGGGCAAAUCCAGCCUCAACACUAUAAUCUUCACUGAACCAGACUUCUCCUACCUGGAUGCAUUAGCCCCGUACCAGCCCCUAGCCAUGAAGUGUGUGUACUGUCCCAUUGACACUCGCCUCAACUUCCACCAGGUCUCCAAGCUGCUCAAGGAGGUCCAGCCUCUCCAUGUGGUGUGUCCAGAGCAGUACACCCAGCCCCCACCAGCCCAGUCCCACCGCUCAGACCUGAUGCUGGAGCUGCAGCCCCCUCCCAUGCCCUAUCGCCGCUGCUCUGUGCUGGGCCUGCCCUUCAGACGCCGCUGGGAACGCAUCCAGCUGCUGCCAGAGCUGGCCAAAUCCCUAGUGCCCUCUGAGAUCAAACCUGGCAUCUCUGUAGCAACUGUGUCCGCAGUUCUGCAGUCCAAGGAUAACAAGCAUACGCUGCAGCCAGUCCCCAAGCCCCCUCCGCUGCCCCCCAGUAAGAAGAGGAAGCGUGUCGUAGAGGAACCCCCAGAAGUGCUGGCCCCCAAACCCCUGCUCAGUGGAGCUGUACCUCUGGAAGCCUUCUUAGCCAUGCUACACAAGCACGGUAUCACAGAGGUCAAGGUAGAGGAGACAGCAGACGGCCACAUUCUGCACCUGCAGGCCGAGGACACCCUGAUCCAGCUGGAGGAGGACGGGACACACAUUGUGUGUGACGACAACGAGCCACUCCGCACCGCUCUCAGGGACCUGGUGCUGCGCUUCCUCAUGAAACUCUGACCUUUACCCCCUAACUUCAACCUCACCGAUUUUCCUCAAUGUGCGCGUUUGAGUGUUACAUUGCAGUUGGCAGCUGCAGACGGACUGUUCUACAAAUCUGGCAUUCUAAAUGGCUACUUAUUAUAAUUGGAAGAUCAGUCCGUCUAGUCACCAACUGCUAUGUAGUCAAUCUCAAACAUGCGCUUUCUCGGCUUGUCUCCUCUGUUCAGCUGUUGAUGUCAUUGUUGUUUGUUUUGUAUGUAAUUAGGGUGUAUUUUUAUAAAAUACAUUAAGGAAAAAGUUA